ACUACCGUAAAGUAGCAGCAGAAGAAGAAGAAGAAGCGGCUUUGUGACUUAAGCUAGCGAUAUCGCCUCGACCAGUAUCUGUCCGGCGCUGAGAGGCAGUAAAAAUAGAUACAAUCCCCGUUGAAGACGGUUCCUGUUUUGAAUUGUGUCGACACAGAAUCCAGGGCAUCGUUGAAGUUAAUGAUUGUGGACGACAAUUUAAAGAAGCUUAUUAUUGAACCAUCAAACCCUUUCAAGCAUUUGGCACGCACGAAGAAACCAGCAAACCCUUUUGGAUUGAGCCAUGUCUCGCAGAAGAAGCCGCAGCGCAUCCCCAGGAAGUUUUUCGCGCUCCUGCAGCAGUAAUGACCCUAGAGAUUUGGAGAGACGGAUUUUUGUUGGGAAUUUGCCGACCUCCGACAUGGAAAAGAAGGAUUUGGAAGAACUGUUCAGCACAUAUGGGAAAGUAAUCGGCGUGUCCAUGUUUCGCGGGUUCGGAUUUGUACAAUUUGAACGGGUUGAGGAAGCCGAAGCUGCAAAGGCGGCUCAAAAGGGUCGACUGUAUAAAGGUUAUAAAAUAGAUGUAAAUAUGGCAGUGGAGCGACGGCAACCUAAACCUCAAUCCCAGCAGAGCCCUCCACGAAGGGCCCCGUACAGCAGCUACGGAGACGGCAAAGAGCCCCGGCCUCGGUCACGCUCACCUGUUUAUGCGCGUGAGCCUCGGGAAAGUCGUGACGGACGAGAUGCUCGGGACAGCCGAGAAGGACGAGAUGCUCGGGAUAGCCGUGAAGUGAGGGACCCAGGAAGGGAACCAGGAAGGGAACCAGGAAGGGAACCAGGAAGGGAACCAGGAAGAGAACCAGGAAGAGAACCAGGAAGAGAACCAGGAAGGGAACCAGGAAGGGGCCACUCUCGUGACCAUGAUUACCGGUACCGUACCUCAGAGAGCAGAGACAAGGACCCUCGUGAUCCUGCGUACAGCAGGGAAGAAUAUGACCGACUCUACCGCAGUGGCAGCGGUGCAGAAGAGUUUUACCGGAGGAAGGAAGAACCCUUCAGGGAGCCGUUCAGAGAUCCCUGGAACGGGCGCCGUGAGUCAGAGGCUGCAGCGGUAGAUGAUCGUGCGAGACCAGAAGAGCGUCGGCGUAAUGAAUUGUAUCGACAGUACUACGAAGAACUCCAGCGACGAUACGACACAGACCGCCCGGUCGACUGCUCCGUGAUUGUCGUCAACAAGGCGCAAAAUCGGGAGUAUGCGGAGACGGUCGGGAGGAAAAUCCGUGAUGUGGGCAUGGUGGUGGAUCUGAUCUUCCUCAACACGGAAGUGUCGCUAACACAAGCCCUGGAGGAUGUCGGCCGAGCUCGCACUCCCUUUGCCAUCAUCAUUACCCAGCAGCACCAGGUGCACCGCUCCUGCACUGUCAACAUCCUGUUCGGCACACCGCAAGAGCAUCGAAACAUGCCAAUGCAGGACGCCAUGAUGCUGGUUUCCCACAAUUAUGACACCUACAAAGUUGAAAACCGCGAAAAAGAACGCGAGGAGAUUGCCAGAAAGGCUGCCAAGAUGGCGGACGAUGUGUUACUCAGGGAGCCGGACAGAGAGGGCCAUCCCGUCUCUGUGCUCACCUCCAUCACACUGCUGUCUGAGAACAGAUUUGUCACCCCAGAGGAAUUGGACAGUCUCAUCGCCUACCUGAACGACAAAAGAGGACGGCUGCUGCGAAGCACGGCAGACCCUCUUGCAGGUAUGGAUGUGCGCACGUCCUUCUCCCAGACAUCACUGCUCACAGCUGCAUGCCUCGGGCCUUUGCUAUCUCCAGACCAAACCCAGACUCACAUCAGCCACAUUCCACAACCUCCCAAAGCCCCAGGGGCAGUUUCACAGCUGGGCACCGAGCUGGGCCGUUCCCUGCCUCCCUGCCUCCCUGGCUCUCUGGCUCCACUUUCACCAUCACAAUCACCCUCGUCCCCCCCUUUGCUGGGCAUCUUACACACCUUUAAACAGAAAGAUGGCUCCUACAACAGUGUUUGUUCUCCAUCGGCUCAUACCAAGUUUACAUGA